UGCUGUAGGACUUAGAUAAGCUGAUUAACAGGAGUAAACUACAUAACGGUGUGUUUGCCUGACUCUCUCUAUAACUGUCUUACUCGCCUCUGUCGAUUAUGAGCCUCAAGACGAGAGGAAAUCAUCAGGAAAAAUGACUAGAGGACACACCUUCAUCUGUCUUCUGCCUUUACUGAUUGGGUAUUCAUCUCAGUCCUGUCAGAAGGACUGUUCCAAAGAAAACCAGGAUGUUUAUGGAUUGGACGUGACACAGAUCCCAGUAAGUCUGAAAGCAGGUGUCACAGAGGUCUUCUUUGUGGACAGUAACAUCACUGUCAUCCCAAAGGGGGCCUUCGCCACCAACCCGAAGCUGGAAAAGGUAGCAUUCAUCAACACCCCCACCGUGUCCGUAGAGAAAGGUGCUUUCGAGGGAUUGGUCAACCUCAAGCAUAUUGAGAUCUCCAAUACCCCACUAACAUCCUUGUCUGUAGAUGUCUUCCAAGACCUGCACAACCUGGAAGAACUUCUGCUGAAACACAACAAGAUCCGUAGUCUGGAGAAAGGAUUGUUUGAUGGUCUUAAGAAACUGAGAGAACUCCAAUUGCACAUAAACAAGAUUGACACGAUUGAGGAGGGGACAUUUGAUGACCUAGAAAACCUUCGGACCCUCCAUCUGGCCAAAAACGACCUCAGUUCUGUGUCCUCCGCCCUGUUCUCGAAGCUGCACAAACUGGAGGUACUGAGGCUCUAUGAGAACCAACUUACCGCCAUUCCUGACAAUAUAUUAGAAAAUCUAUCCAAUUUAAAGGAGAUCGCUCUACAGAGUAACAACAUCACUUCAAUAUCAGCCAAUUUGUUCCCACAUAAAGACAAAUUAAACAAGAUACUUUUGGACAAUAACAUGUUGACUGAAUUGCCUCCAGAAAUAUUUGUGGGCUUUCCUCUGCUUAAAGCAUUGACACUAAAUGGAAAUAAACUUGCAAGUCUACCUCCUGUCCUCUUUGGAGAGAUGCCCAAACUGACUGAGUUGAGUCUCAGUCGAAACAGUCUUACCAGCAUUCCUCAGGGAGUAUUUAGUCCUCUUAAGAAACUCAGGAAGUUGGAUCUGUCUAACAACCAAUUGUUAACCGUGUCUGAAGAGUCUUUUGAGGGCCCUGAGAAGCUAACAGAACUCAAUCUUCAAUACAACCACAUCAAAUCAUUGAAAGCAAACACCUUUGAAAAGCUGACAUCACUAACCACCCUUAGACUGGCUCAUAAUAUCCUGGGGACACUUCCAGAGGAUGUAUUUGACCCCUUACCAAAACUCAGCAAAGUCUAUUUAAACAACAACACUUGGCAUUGUGACUGCAGGUUGGUCCCCCUCUUCAAUUGGAUGAAGGCAAACCCUGGCAAGAUCAAGUCUACGACUCCUGAGAUCUGUAACCAGCCGGAGGAUUUAAAGGGACAAGAAAUCAUGUCUCUCAAAGAGGACCAGCUCAUAUGUCCUGUAUCUCCUCUGACCACCAUCCCUUCACUCACCACAACCACCACCUUAGCCCCUACCACAACCACCACUUUAGCCCCUACCACAACCACCACCUUAGCCCCUACCACAACCACCACCAUAGCCCCUACCACCACCACCACACCUUCUCGUCGCCCGUCCCCCUCCUACUACACCCGCCAGGCCUGGAGCAAGACCUCGCAGUGCAGGGCCCAGAUGAUAUCCUACACAGCCAUGCUGGUGGUGGAGAUAGGCUGCACCCUGGUGCUGGCUAAGUUCACCCUGUCUCUGUACAGCUUGCUCCAGCGCAGGGAGAGGCUGUACACACGGGUCAACCUGACUCACUUUUCCUACAGGAAGGAGAUCACGCUGAGGCCAGUCAAGGUGACAGAGACUGUGGGUCUGUGA